AUGGAAGGUGAUCAAGUUCCAUGUCAAUUCAAGAAUUUAAAAUUAAAUCCAAAUGCAGCUCGUAGGAUUUAUAAUAACAUAAAUGCUAAAUUAACAUUAACAAAAAUGAAUCAAAGAAUUCGAUUAGAACAAUCUGAUAUCGAGCAAACAAGUAGUUAUGAUCGUAAAUUAGCAUAUUUUAUACGCUUUCAUUUACGUGAUAUUUUGACAAGUGAUCAUCGUCAAAUUUGGUUUAAUAUUCAAACAAAAGCGCUUGAUGAUAUUGAAGAUCGUAAUCAAAUUUUGAAGGAAAUUCCUGAUGAAAUUCGUGUAGUGUAUAGUUUUGGAGUCAUGCUUUCAUACGAUACGUUUAUUGGGCAUACAGAUGAACGAACUCUUGCUAAUAUUUACGUUCAAAAAUAUCCUAAAGCAAUUAAACUAGAAACAGCAACAUAUUUUCUAACAAUUCAAUUCAAAGACAUAGAUUCACAGAUUUUAAUCAAUCAUUCUACGAAUGAUAAUUCAAUUCAAAUUAUUUUCAUGCUUAAAUCAUCACCAAUCAUCGAAAAAACAGAAGGAACAAAAAAAUGCGAUCACAAACGGUUGAUGAAACAACUUCCAUUAUGCAGUGAUUUACUUGUACGAUUUUUCCCAGCUAAUACGGCAUGGAAAUUUUUACGUAAUUUACCAGUUGCUGGUUAUACUCGAAAAGCAUCUGAUGAUUUAUUUCAUAUAAAUUUUGCUUUAUUUCGUUGGCAAAAAGAUCCAAGUAAUUUUUCUCCUAUAGGUAUGCCAUCAUAUUCUUCUGCUUAUGAUUCUUAUGGUAUGGAAAUGCUUUGGUCAUUGGGUUAUUUAUUUCAAGAUAAAUACAAUGCUGAUUCUCAAUCAAUAGUUGGUAUUCAACAUAAAAAUUUAUAUGAUUUAUCUUGUACAAUCUGGCGUAACCUAAAACAGAAUCAUUGUUAUCGAAUUAAAGAUGCAUUGCAUGAUGCAACUUCAAAAACAAAUCACGGAACUUCUAAUGAGUCAUCACAAUUAAAACAAGUGGCAUUUGCAAUUAUAACACCAAAUCGUAUUGAAUAUCAACCGAUGCAAAUGACACGUUGUCAUAGAGGAUUUGAAUUAUAUCCUCCAGAGAAUUGGUUACUUGUUCACAUACGUGGUUAUAAUGGAAUAGAUAAAAUUAAUAACAUAGAUCUUCAAAUGCGGGUACGUUUUAGAAAUUUAAUGAUAAAAGGUAUUGCUCGCGAUAAACGUUAUUUUCAAUACUUUGGAUCAUCGGGCAGUCAAAUGAAUGAUCAGGCUGGUUGGUUUCUAUCACUUCCUCAUGGAACAACCAUAGAAUCAGCACGUGCAAAAAUCGGAGAUCUAUCGAAAAUUCUCAAUGUAUCUACUUAUAUUUCACGAGUUGGUCUAUAUCUGACAACAUUAAAGUCAACUGGGUCAGAUAUACCAUCGGCUUUUCAAGUUCGAAUAGCUGGAUGUAAAGGCAUGUUAUCGGUUGAUCCUAAAUCGAAAUCAAAUGAAUUCUAUAUUAAAGUUCGAAAAAGUAUGGUCAAAUUUGAAAGUGAUGAUUGGACUCUUUAUAUUGUUGAUCAUUCUCGACCUAUGCCAUUGAGUUUGAAUAAUCAAAUUAUUCGAUUAUUGAGUGAUUUGGGCAAUAGUAAUGGUAUAUUCGAAUCUAUUCAAAUGCGAUGUAUUGAUCGGAAAGAGUUUUGGCAUCCACCAGCAAAAUGUUAUUUGAAUGCAUUAGAUUCUCUUAAUCAAUCAAUAAUAAAUGAAAAUCAACAAAAAUAUAAAAAUGCGAAAAACUUUCUUAUUCGUAACAAAAUUCCGUUGCCUGUCAAUGAAGCUCGAUGUCUAUUCGGCAUAGCCGAUGAAACUGGUACAUUAAAAUCAGGAGAAUGUUUCAUUCAAUAUCGUAGUCUUGAAAAUUCGUCAACGUUCGAAAAAUAUAUUGUGCAUAUAGGUACUGUAUUAGUCACUAAAAAUCCAUGUCUUCAUCCGGGAGACAUCCGUAAGCUCGAAGCAGUAUAUGUACCAAAACUUCAAUCUUGUAUACGUGAUUGUAUUGUAUUUUCUACUAAUGGUCAUCGACCUAGUUUCAAUGAAAUGGCUGGGGCUGAUCUUGAUGGUGAUCAGUAUUGGGUUUAUUGGGGUAAUGAGUUUCAAAUUGAAGAGGUUGUUAAACCAUUAUUGUAUCCAUCUACUAAGAAAUCUUGUGUCAAUCGUAUAACUAAUGAACUCAUUGUGGAUCAUGUGCUUGAUACAUUCACAGAUACAGCACCCGGUAUUAUCGCUAAUACACAUUCAGUCAUUGCUGACAAACAUUCUAAUGGUACAUUUUCGAAAGAAUGUGAAGAAUGUGCUCUACUCUUUGCCCGAGCAAUCGAUGCACGCAAAACUGGUGAAAAUAUUAAUUUAAUUCCUAUUAUGAAACUUAAAGACAAGUAUUGCCAAACAUAUCCAGAAUGGAUGAUGAAAUUCGAUAAACCAAAGAUGGAUCCACCAAGUAAAUCGAUUAAUGAAAUUCUUUAUCAAAAAGCUCAAGAUGCAUGGAUACAUCCAGACAGCUAUAACGAUACGCUGCGAUAUUUUCCAGUUAUUCAAAAUCCUAUGGAUGAAACAGCAAUUGAUAUAGAUGAAUCAGAUGCCAAUCUAGAGCAAGAACCAGAACAAAUUGAAACAAAGGCAAAGUGCUGCUGUCCAUGGAUUCUUAUAAUUCUCGUUGCUGUAGGAUUUUUUAUAUUUUAUGUCAUAAAGCAUAAAUAA